GGCCACCACACGACACCCGCGCGCUGCAAGCCAUCAUCAAACCCCCUCCAAGACGAGGCAUACCUACUUCUACGAACUACCGACCCUCUUUCACCCUGUCAGGGGCAAAAUUCCUACGCCGGCGCAGCCUCGGCGCAGCCUCGGCGCACGACGCUAUCCAGCGAACGAACCCACGUCGUCUGCCUUGAGCCGAGCCGAUCAGGACCUGAGCCGCCGGCCUCGUGCGGUAUCCGGCCCAUCCCACCAGACUCAGGAAUC